AAUACGAAACACAGAAGAAGUAAAGGUAUAUGGGCGGGAAACAGCACCAAAGAGGCAACACGGACGACUGGAGAAAGUUGGACCUAACGGCAGCAACUAGCAUCACUGGACUUACACUUCAAGAAUUAAGACAGAGUCAAGGAAGAGAACUGGGGAUGUGAUAAAGAUACCAGACCCAAGCGAGCAGAAGUCAACUUCCUACCAAACUUUCCCCAAGGAAAGGAUCCUUCAAGCCUUGACCAGUUGAGGCAAGCAAUUGUUGAAGAAGUCAAGAAGGCUGAGAAGAACCUGCCCCUCAUUAGAAAGUUGAUGGAGACCACAUUUCCCCUGCGCAGACAAACCAUAGUGAUGUCCUGCCCACCAGUGAAGGAGCUCUUGGACCUCUGGCCUGCUCUAAAAAUGGAGCCUGAGUUGUAUGCAGCGUUUCAGCGGAUUACAAAUCAGAACCUGCCCAAUACAUUCUACGCUGAACUUGACCGCCAUCUUCCUCGACUGAUGACCUUAUUCAGACAGAAGGCAUCAAAAACUGGGAAGACAGCAGAUGCCCUGGCUGAAAUUCUAAGAAUGCACGAUGAACAGGAAAUCCAUGAUAUCCACACCAAGCACACUACCGUUCUCCACGCCCUUCCUGUCUGUCUGCGUGAGGAUGUCUCUGGAUUUUUCAGAACCUGCACUGACGAAUCUCAUGAGUUGGAGCUUGAUGGUGUUGAAGUGGCCCUCUUCACUGUCAUCAGUGACCAUGACACGACAAGUCCAGUUCACUACCAACCUGUGAAAACCUCUGUCGUCAUUGAAAUUGAUGCCGUGGUCAGUCUCCCCAGAUUUGGUGAAGCCUUCCUGGUAAUGUUUGGACUGAUCUAUGCACUUCACCUCAGCUACCCCAAAGCCCUGACCAACACUUUAGAAUUUACUCAAAAGAUUUUACUUGGUCUAGAAAGGGGUAAACUGUCACCCAGGUUACAGACCCUCAAGAAUGACUUGGUUAUGUAGGAACUCAUCUGAAAGAAGGAUGCAGGGUAAAGCAUUAUAAAAGGCUAGUUCAAAGUUCUCUCCUUUUAUCUAAAUAAUGCCUCAAAACGUUAUUGCAUUACUCGACAGGUGUUCAGCCAAUAGGUCCAAACUAUACAACGUGCCUUUGUUUUCAUUAACAUAAUGCACAGCAACACUAAUGUUUUGUAUGUUUUAAUGUUUUUCGUAAUACUAUUUCUAAAACAUUGUGGGCUGCGCAAGAUGACCUAAAUUUCACUGUUUGAUACUGGUUAAUGUAAAACAAAUAGCAUUGUAAUUCACUCAAAUUGCUGCCCUGUUGCCUUAUUCAGAUAUUAGCCAGAGAGCCAAAGGCACAUUUUGAUAUUAUUUAUUAUUAUAUGGCAUUAUUUUUUAUUACUCUGACAGUUUUCCUGACUAAACAAUUUUUGGUCUACUUAUUUUAAUUUAUAAAUGUUUUUGUUAAUUAUUUUUAAUUUAUUUAAUUAAAAAAAAAAUUUAUUUAAUUUCAACAUAAUGUGCUAAAAGGGAGCAGGCAAGAUGCUGUUCAAUGGCAGAUGUCUAUGACUUUUGCAUAUUAAGUUACUGAUACUCAUUUUAAUUGAGGCAAUCAAUUGCCUCAAAAAUUUUAAGUUUUGGGUCACAUGUUUUUAAGUAUCAAGUAGUCAACAUAUUUGACUAACGUGUACUUAAAAUA